AUGAGCGAAGCAGCGCAAAAAGCAGGGGUUCCUCUUCUUCCCCCAACAGAAGUCCAACCAAAAGCUCAAGCGGCGUCCGUGCCCGUGCAACUACCGCCUUCCCCUCCAGAGACAGACUUCGAUAGUGAUGAGAGCAAGUCGACGACUUCAACAGCACCGACAGAACUUGACGUACCACUACCUCCACCCUCACACCCGCAGCAGGUCUUAGACGUCGAUAAGCCAACACCUGACGCACACGUCCCAAGAGACCCCAGGCUUAUCCGACUUACUGGCGUGCAUCCAUUCAACGUUGAAGCACCUCUUAGUGACCUAUACAAUGAAGGCUUCUUGACGAGUCCUGACCUUUUCUACGUGCGAAACCACGGUGCGGUACCCGAAGUCCAGGACGAGGAAUGCUUGGACUGGGAAUUCUCGGUAGAAGGUCUUGUACAAAACCCGCUGAAAAUUACAUUGCGAGAUCUACUUCAAGAAUACCAGAACGUGACAUACCCCAUCACCCUAGUCUGUGCAGGAAACAGGCGAAAGGAACAGAAUGUCGUACGAAAGAGCAAGGGAUUUUCGUGGGGUCCAGCUGGUGUGUCUACGGCACUCUUCACAGGUGUUGUCAUGAGAGAUGUCAUUGAACGUGCGAAGCCUCUUCGGAAGGCCAAGUAUGUGUGUAUGGAGGGAGCAGACAAGCUUCCCAACGGGUACUAUGGUACGUCCGUGAAACUGAACUGGGUUAUGGAUCCCAACAGAGGCAUUAUGCUUGCCCACAAGAUGAACGGUGACGCUUUAACACCAGAUCAUGGAAAGCCACUGCGAGCAGUCAUUCCAGGGCAGAUUGGCGGAAGAAGUGUCAAAUGGCUGAAACGACUCAUCGUGACAGCCGAGCCUAGCGAUAACUGGUACCACAUCUACGACAACAGAGUGCUGCCUACCAUGGUAGACCCAGAUGAAUCAGCUAAAAACCCGAAAUGGUGGAUGGACGAGCGCUACGCCAUUUACGACCUUUCUCCUAACGCAGCGAUCGCCUUCCCUGCACACGAGGAGAAGCUCAGCAUUGCGUCUGCUCCAAUCACAUACAACGUCCGAGGCUACGCCUACAGUGGCGGAGGACGUCGCAUCACCCGCUGUGAAGUUUCUCUCGACAAGGGCAAGACAUGGCGUCUCGCCAACAUCGAUUACGCAGAGGAUCGAUACCGUGCAUACGAGGAUAAAAAUCUUUUCGGGGGGCGCCUCGACAUGGAUUGGCGAGAGACGUCAUUCUGCUGGUGUUUCUGGAAUCUCGACAUUGCUAUUAGCGAAUUGAAGGACACCAGCGACAUACUUGUCAGAGCCAUGGACGAAGCCAUGUGCAUCAUGCCUCGCGACAUGUACUGGAGCGUCCUCGGUAUGAUGAACAACCCUUGGUUCCGCAUCGUCGUCCAUAAUGAGCACGGUACGCUUCGCUUCGAGCACCCCACACAACCUGCGCUCAUGCCUGGCGGAUGGAUGGAGCGCGUGAAAAAGUCAGGUGGCAACUUGACGAAUGGUCACUGGGGUGAGAUGAUGGCUGGCGAAGAACCAGAAUCCGCCGCAAUCGAAGAAGUCAAGGAGAUCAAGAUGACGAAAGACGGUGUUGACAAAGUCGUCGACCUGGAGGAAUUGAAGCAACACGACAAAGCAGACAGUCCUUGGUUUGUAGUCAACGGCGAAGUCUACGACGGCACCGCUUUCCUCGAAGGCCACCCAGGUGGAGCUCAAAGCAUCAUCAGCGCAGCCGCUCUCGAUGCUACAGACGAGUUUAUGGCGAUCCACAGCGAGACUGCCAAAGCUAUGAUGCCAGACUAUCACAUUGGCACUCUCGACGAAGCAUCGCGCGAGACCCUCGAGUCAGGCGAACCCACGCUUGAAUCCAACGAGCCGCGUCCUGUCUUCCUCGACUCCCGUGUCUGGCACAAGGUUCUGCUGCAUUCCAAGAAAAUGGUGUCAUGGGACACACGAAUUUUUACCUUCAAGCUCGACCACGAAACUCAAGCCCUCGGUCUCCCCACAGGCCAGCACCUGAUGAUCCGCCUGCGCGAUCCCGUGACAAGAGAGGCCAUCAUCCGCUCCUACACGCCCAUCUCCGAGACCAGCAUGCUCGGCCACGUCGACAUCCUAAUCAAGGUGUACGCCGACACGCCCGAGAAAGUCGGCGGCAAGAUGACGAAAGCACUCGACGCGAUCCCGACAGGGCACUGGGUUGACAUGAAAGGCCCUAUCGGAAAAUUCGAGUACCUUGGCAAAGGACUCUGCGCCGUAAACGGUCACGAGCGGAACGUCAACAAGUUCAUAAUGAUCUGCGGCGGCAGCGGAAUCACGCCCAUCUUCCAAGUCCUGAGGGCCAUCAUGCAGGAUAAGGCCGAUGCUACCAACUGCACACUGCUCAACGGGAACAGGCUGAUUGAGGACAUACUUUGCAAGGAGGAUCUGGAUGCUUUUGCCAAGGACAACGAGGAUAGGUGCGAGAUUCUGUACACACUCACACAAGGAUCGGACGACUGGCAGGGUCUGAGAGGAAGGAUCGCGGCGCCGUUGCUGGAGCAGCACUGCCAGCAGACGGAGCCAGGCGAUACUAUGGUACUGGUGUGUGGACCAGAGCCGCUUGAGAAGAGCGUCAAGAGCUGGCUACUGGGCGCUGGAUGGGCCGAGGAAGAUUUGUUGUUCUUUUAA